UCGAGCUGCUUGUUGCGUUCACGGCAGAGGCGCGUGAGCGUGGUGGGAAAUGCGAGCAAGAUGGCGGCGUUGAAGGAGGAGCAGUGCUACGGACUGUCCUGUGGAAGAGUGAGCAAUGGCAGCAACAUCUCCGUCUAUCACGUCAAGCUGACUGACAGCGCGCUGCGAGCAUUUGAAGACUACCAGAGCAACAAGGGCCUGACUGCUAAACCACUAAUAGGAUUCACAGGAAACCAAGGGAAAAUCUCAAUACCGCAGUCAGAGAAUCCAAAUGAACUGCGAACGUUUACGUUCUACCUGUCCAACGUGGGGAAGGACAACCCCCAGGGCAGCUUCGACUGCAUUCAGCAGUACAUUACAAGUGAAGGGAGCAUACAGCUGGACUGCCUGGGAGGGAUCCAGGACAAAAUCACGGUAUGCGCCACAGACGACUCCUACCAGAAAGCCAGGCAAAGCAUGGCUCAGGCCGAGGAGGAGACUCGCAGCCGCGGAGCCAUCGUCAUCAAGCCUGGCGGGAGAUACGUGGGUAAGCGCGUACAAAUCCGGAAGCCGAUAACGGGCGUGUCGGAUGUGGCUCCGUCGCGGCGGAUCUCAAGGCCAAUUAUCGUCUCCAGCAGUCAGAAAAAGAGCCCGCCCCGGCCGCUGAGGGAGCGGCUAGUGCAUUUACUGGCCCUCAAGCCCUACCGCAAACCCGAACUGCUGGUGCGGCUCACGAAAGAAGGCCUGUCUCCCCAGGACAAGGAGACACUGGACAGCCUCCUGCAACAGGUGGCUAACCUGAAUAGUAAGGACAACACCUUCACAUUGAAGGAUUGUUUGUUCAAGGAAGUUCAGAAGGACUGGCCCGGUUACACUGAGAUGGACCAACAGAUUCUGAAGAGAAUUCUUGUACGAAAACUGUGUAAGCCUCAGAGCAGUACCCCUGUGUCUAUGGAGAGCCCGGUCAGCCCGCACAAAGAGCCAGCCAGCAGCUCACCCUCUCAGAAAAGACCUGCAACAGAGUUCAUCGAUCCCCUGGCCAAUAAGAAACCCAGAAUAUCGCAUCUAGCUAGCAAGUCUACAGGGCUCAUCAACGGCAAACUGAGCUCAUCCAAUGGUAAGGACUCUUCUAGUUCUCAAGCAGCAGAGACGUCGUCGAGCUCUCAAAUCCCUCCGCUGGAGAUCCCCCGACCCUUUGACCCCCUUUCGGAUGUCAGCAACGACUCCAACGGCAGAGACUGUGAAAGUCUGGAGGCGGCAGUGGCGGAAAGACUGAGUCAGCCCCCGUCAUUCGCCCCUCGCUCCACAACGCAAGACGAAGUUCUGGGAUCCAUGUCCCCAACCCACAGCAGCCUGGACGGAUCUCAGACCCGGACCGCUCAACUCUCACUGCAUGGCAAGCCUAAGAAGAAGUCAAAAAAACACAAGGACAAAGACAAGUCUAAGGAAAAAGACCGAGAGCGGGACUUGAAGAAGGACAGGAGAGUUGAUGAAGACCACAGCCUGGAUCAGAGGAAAACCUGUGAUGUCACAAGCGAUAGGAGGACAGGUCUAAACGGAACGUGCAACAGCUCCAGUAUUCCUGCAUCUUCAUCAGAGACAGACUAUUUAUUAAAAUACACAGUGAUAAGCUCGCAAGAGCAACGUCAGACUUACAAGAUUGACUUCAACUCCGAGUACAGCGAGUACCGGGGCCUCCACUCACGGAUAGAGGGCAUCACCCGACAGUUCACUAUACUCGACUCCGAGCUCAAACAACUCCAGCAAGGCACAGACAAGUACAAGACAAUCCACAACCAGAUACUUGAAGAGUAUCGCAAAAUCAAAAAGACUAAUCCAAACUAUAGCCAAGAGAAGAACCGCUGUGAAUAUCUACACAACAAACUGGCACAUAUUAAAAAACUGAUAGCAGAAUAUGAUCAACAGCAACUGCAAAACUGGCACUAAUAACAAUAUUUUGUCUCAUUGUUUUUUCUUUCUCCCUUGAGAAAAAGAAACAAACUCUGGAUUUUUUUUUUUUUUUGUUAUUGUUUUUCUUGGUUUUCUCUAAUGUAAAAUGCCACGAAACUGAUUUAUUUUUCCCCCCUCUGUAGUUGGCCAAGUGCUGCUCUAGUAAGGGCAAUGCAGACCCAUGAAUUUCUUUAAUGGGAUGUGGGGCAUACUCAGCCAUGCUUACCUGUGUAGCCUAACGCAUUAUGGGAUUGGUUACCAGCUCCCUUCCAUUCUCGAUUGUGUGAAAGGAAAAACUUACUUUGAAGCUGUUUUCCUGGCUUUGCGAACGAGGAUAACCAACAGCCAUUCCCAAAUUCUAAUAGUUUAAGGUUUAUAAAAAGGAUGAAAAAAAGUUUUAAGUGAUUAUUAUUUUUCUGUAGGUACUAAAAUGGAAGGUCCUAAUGAUAAACUAUUUUAUUUUCUUUUAUAUUUAUUUUUUCCUCUUUUUUUUGGUCUUCCAUAGGCAUACAUCAGUCCGAUUAUGAUUUCACACUCAGAUUGAGUGCUAAACAUCUUGUCCCGUCCCUUUGGUCUGUAUCUCCUUAAUCAGUCAGUAUUUUAUGCAAAAGCUGCCUUGGAUUUCAAGAGAUCCCUAUCGCAGUACACUUUCCCCAGUGUUUUAGUGUCUGAAACGGCACUAUCUAUCUGCAAUGCGCUAGACCACGUGCAAUGGACAUGAAUCAGAUGCCUAUCCGAGGAAGAUCACCGUUUGUUUAGAGGCUUUGACAGAAUCAGUAUUAAGCGACGGCCAGGGUAGCGAUUCGGCGUUGGCACUUUUUUUGCAAUAUUCCAUGCUUUUGAAUGAAAAAUAUUGCUUUAUCUCAACCCUCAUCAUAUUGAUUCUUGAAUCAGGUGUGGAUGUAAAAGGUGCAGGCAAAUCUUGCGAAAUUGUGCCUCACGAGAGCCGUGCGUCGUCCCUCAGGUAUCUAGAGUGAUCCAGUAUUGCUAGUUACAAGUGUGUCGGCAACAUCACGUCUUUGGCCAAACUUGAUGGUGAUUGUAUCCCUUUAACGUAGCCCUAUGGUGUUUCCAAUGGGCUGGUUGGUGAAGACAAAAUGGCAGAAACGCAACCUUCGCUCACUGUCUGUCCCCUUUGCUUGAAUACUGAGUAUUUGUGGGGCGUUUGACCAUUUCAGACCGUAUUUUCAUUACGAGAUGACUGUUAAAUUCCAUUAAGGCAUCUCAUCGUGGAGGAUCCACUACAGACGUGCUCCUCACAUUACUGUGGCAUCCGCCUCGUGGAAGCUCAUCCACAAGUUGAUCAUCUGUCGGGUCCUGUUGAAGCAUCAGUUGUACUUCUGAUAUCUGAACUCUUUUUAUGUUUAAAUAUUAAAAUUCAGCACUUUGCUCAGCUUCUUGCUGUUACUCUUACCUGGGUUUUGUUGCAAGGAGACACUUGCCUUGUCUGUCUAUGUAUGCAUGCUUUCUGACUGUUGAAGACACACAAAAAAGGGUAAAGGCCGGCGUUUAGAGUGGCUUUACGCAGCUGUUUAAUGUUCAAGAGCAUUUGAAGCCAAAUACUUCUCAAAUUGCCCCGAAUUAUUUACCUGGCCAGCGUUAGUUUUUUUUUUUUAAGAGCGCAAUUACAAGAAUUCAAAUUUGACUUCCGAAUCGAUUGUUCAAAUGCAAUUGAGAAAUUUAAAUAAACAAUUCUCAAAUCACAAAUUUACCAGGUAAACCACAAAUUUAUUCCUGAGAAUAUUUUUUUUAAUCACGGUCUUUUACGUUACCCGAAGAAACAGUCUGAAAAUGCUGCAAGCGAUUCAACGACAAAUACGAAUGACGUUUGUUUGGUUUGGAAACUGCUACGACUCUUCAAACGAUGUCGAGACAACCGGGGGGAAAUGUGCCAAAUGACCUGUUGUAUAGGUUUGCAUCAGAUGACAUAUGUUGCUGUUUUAGCAAAAGAGAAAUGAAAAAUAAAGGGAGUGGGAGGAGCUUUGGGACGAAGGCUUGCGAUGUCAACGCUAAAACCCAAAGUGCGCUUUUUGAAAUAACAAGGGACCGGGACUGAAAUUUAUCUUGGUAUUUCAAUAAAAUUCUUGGAAAACUUGCUUUUUA